UGUCUAUCAUCAUCUUAGCUACUUUUUAAUUUUUUCUUUCUUUCUUUUUUUCUUAUUAAACAAAAAUAAAUUAAUUAAGCAUUGUAGAAGGAGACGUUUCCUCGUUUUUCAGCUGUUUGUAUCUUCUGACACACUUUGAUUGCAUUUUUUCAUUAUAUAUUUUUAUUUUUAUAGAUUUCUCAGCACAACAAAACCUCUCUCUCUCUCUCUCUCACUCUUUUUCCUUCAAAAGUUCUCUGUUGCUCAUCUAAGUUUUCUUAUGCUUGGCUUGCAUCAAAUGAUUUGAAAAGAAAAGGGUCAAAUCAAAUUAAGUUCUUCUCUACUCAUCUUAUUCACAGUUACAAAGAUCAUGAUACACGUGCACCCUCCAAUAUCAUUCACACAAGUGAAGUAACAAAAACAAAAACAUAUUUUUACUCAAAAAUAACCGAUGGCGACGUACUUUCAUGGUAAUAAUAAUUCCGACCAAAGUGGCGGCGCCGACGGACUCCAAACACUUGUUCUAAUGAAUCCAACCUAUAUUCAAUAUUCCGACACUACACAACAACCACCACCACCAUCUCACUCCUCCACGGGUAACCUUGUUUUUCUCAACUCCACAACCACCAACAACAACUCCUAUUCACCUCACGCGCCGCCUUCUCACACUCAACAAUUCGUCGGCAUCCCUCUCACAACAAAUUCACAAGACAUCAACAACCAACACUCUAUUCACGCGCACCAUGACGUUCCUUCCUUGCAUGGCUUCCUCCCCCACAUGCAGUACAAUCAGUGGAACUCAAUUGACACCAACGCGGCGGCGCGUGAAACACCACGCGCUCAGCAAGGAUUGUCUUUAACCUUAUCUUCACAGCCAGCAAGGUUCGUUUCUUUUCGGGAGGGUGGUGCUAUGCCUGGUGGUGGGUCGCCUUCACCGUCGCCGGGUUCGGGUGUUACUAAUAAUAAUAAUGGCGGCAGCAAUUCAGGGAUUCAUAGUGUGGUGGUGAGUUCGAAGUAUUUGAGAGCUGCACAUGAGCUUCUAGAAGAGGUUGUGAAUGUGAAUAGUGGAAUUGAAUUGGGAAAGAAGAGUGUUGGUAGAGAGAAGAACAAGGUGAUUGGAGAGUCAUCGGGAGGAGAUGGAUCAAUUAUUGGUGGUGGUGAGGGAAGUGGGAAGCGUAGCAUUGAGCUAUCAACAUCUGAAAGACAAGAAAUUCAGAUGAAAAAAGCAAAGCUAAUCAACAUGCUUGAUGAGGUGGAACAAAGGUACAGACAGUACCACCAUCAAAUGGAGGUUGUGGUUUCAUCAUUCGAACAAGUUGCAGGGAUUGGUUCCGCAAGGACAUACACUGCCCUUGCACUACAAACAAUCUCCAAGCAAUUUAGGUGUUUGAAAGAUGCCAUAGCUGGACAAAUUCGUGCUACAAAUAAGAGUUUGGGAGAAGAUGAUUGCUUUGGAGUUAAAAUUGAAGGUUCAAGGCUUAAAUAUGUAGAUCAUCAAUUACGUCAACAACGUGCUCUUCAACAGUUGGGAAUGAUCCAGCAUAAUGCUUGGAGACCCCAAAGAGGAUUGCCUGAAAGAUCUGUUUCUGUUCUUCGCGCUUGGCUCUUUGAACACUUCCUUCACCCUUAUCCCAAGGAUUCAGAUAAGCUCAUGCUUGCAAAACAAACAGGACUUACUAGGAGUCAGGUUUCAAAUUGGUUUAUAAAUGCUCGAGUUCGGCUUUGGAAGCCCAUGGUGGAAGAGAUGUACUUAGAGGAGAUGAAGGAGAAUGAACUAAAUGGGUCAGAGGAUAAAUCAAGCAAGAGCAAUGAAGAUUCCUCUAUGAAAAUAGCUUCACCUCAAGACAAAGUUCUUACUUCUGAAACAGAUGUUAAAGGUUACAAUUCCACACAAGAAGUUUCCAUAAGCCAAGACACUAGUCCAAUAAUUUCAGUUUCUAAAAGACAACAAACAUCACCACUUGGUGGAAAUGUUAGAAACCAAUCAGGAUUCAGCUUCAUUGGGUCAUCAGAACUAGAAGGAAUAGCACAAGGAAGUCCUAAAAAAUCAAGGAACCAUGAACUUAUGCAUUCUUCAAAUAGUUUCCCUUUAGUUAACAUGGAUGUUAAACACAAUGAGGGAAAUAAUGAGGAAAUUUCAAUGAAAUUUGGUGAUGAGAGGCAUAGUAGAGAUGGUUAUUCUUUUAUGGGAAACCAAACAAACUUCAUUGGUGGAUUUGGACAAUACCCAAUUGGUGAUAUUGGUAGGUUUGACUCAGAACAAUUCACAACACCAAGGUUUUCAAGUAAUGGUGUUUCACUCACUCUUGGUCUUGAUUCAAUACAAGGAACUCAUCAAACAUUUCUACCAAACCAAAACAUUCAACUAGGAAGAAGCCUUGACAUAAGUGAACAAAAUGAGUUUGGUUCCAUAAACACUUCUUCUCCUCAUUCUACAGGUCCUUUUGAGAGUAUCAACAUGCAAAACCCAAAAAGGUUUGCUGCACAGUUGUUACCAGACUUUGUGUCCUAAAAAUAAAGACAUUUGAAGGGGUGAGCAAUGUGGUUGGUUGCACACUAGCAGCACUCACUGUUUCUGGCUUGCUCAAAUUUCUUUCUUUUUAUCUCUGUAUGAUGACAGGGAGUAUUGAAAAAUUGUAGUGUAAAGAGAAAGAAGGAAUUUUACUUUAGUAUAGGUUUAUACCCUACAUAGAACCAUUUGAAUUCUUAGAUUUAUAGCUUAGGAUUUGAUGGUAUAUGGUUGAGGUUGUAUAUUAUUUUUGUAAGUUCUAUAGGUGGGAUGAGAUAGAUAUGGGUUGAUGGUGAUGUCAUAAAUUUUUAUUUGGUAAAGAUACAAAUAUAUCUUUGAAUUGGGAAUAUAUGUUGUGGUGUUGUGCAAUAUCCUCUGCUGUCUAUUGAAGAAAUAAGAACCAAUUAAUUGCCAUUUA